ACGGGCUGGGUCGGUUGAGGGGAGAGCAAAAUAAGACGUGGUCGGUGUUAGUGGCAUUUGUACGCCAUUUUAAGUGAAAUAGUUUGGCAACAUGGUUCAGAAGGAGGGCCAGUUGAAGAAGAACAGCCUGUUCAGGAGGAUGCUCUUCUCUAUCAUUAGGAUCUGCAAAUUGUCGGAAAUCAAGACUGAGGACGAAAUCUACACCUGCGAUUGGAGCAGGCAGAACCAUCAUUGGCUUCUCGCUUGGUUGAACCACUUCUCUUUGCUGGAAGUCGGUGUGCUCAUCACCUUUAGCCCUGACGAUUACAUGAACCUCGUGGACAGGUUGAGGGACAGAAACUUAGUUCUCAACCAGGUGCCCGUCAGCGAGCGUUUGGCGAAAGCUCAAGUCAACCAGCACGGGUUACCGUGCGGAAACAAGUCACGGGAGACCCGUUUCGUCGGGAAAAAAAAACGGAAAAAUGAGAAAAAUGUGAAAUACCCACAGUGCCCGUUGGAAUAUUUCAUCAAUUGGCACAAGCACCUGGAUCACUGCCAUCCUUGCCCAGCAGUGAACAAUGAACAACGUGGCACGCCAGCAAUAGGCAAGAACAUUCUAGAGAGUGAGGGAGGAGUAUCUGACUAUACAAUAUUCUCCGCAGAAGACAAACUCCACGAUGGUGAAUCCAAUUAUCCUCCCCACAGUGUCGGUGCCAGUGGAAAUCAAUGCAGGAAAGAUCUGAAGACAUUGAACCGUGGCAAGUCACCAACCCUCUUCGGGAAACAUUGGAAGAGCCAUUCCUUCAAUCCCUUCUCCGGUGCCAGUCAGUACCGUGUGUUGGAUGUGGUGACUGACCCUCUGGAAUGCCAGGAGGUCGGUAGCAAGUUGUUCCUGAACACUGUGCCACAGAAAAUAAAAGAACCCGAUCAAACGCUGCUGACCAACUGAUUGUCCUGAUCUGCUGGGCCUAGGAAAACAGGCCUGAUUGAUUCCUUCCAGCUAAUAAUCAAUAUUUUGCAUCACACCUGACCUAGAUGUAAAGAUAAUGGAAUAAAUGUUUAUUGCUCAAGAGUCUCGUCUUUGUGGAC